GUAGGUAGAAAAUGUAUAAACAACUUUCUUCCAAAUUUGUUUAAACUUUCUAUAUAUAUCAAUGCAUAAUUAAAAUGUAAGUACUCUGAUAAAAAGAGUAUAAAAAUCGAGUGACUCUAGACCGUUUAAUCUGUAUUAAACACAGCUCAUUAUUUCCAUUUCGGGACGAAACAUAGGAUUGGCUUAGGCGACUGUCACUCUCUCGCAACCAUGGCAACCACCCUUUUGCCACACAUGACCUGCCCACUUGCGCGCGCACGUUUGAUUUGAGGAAUUCAAGAGGCACGGAUCCUAGGAAUACCAAAACAAUGGCAGAGAAACAGCAAGCAAAAUUCACAGUACCAGCCUAUGCAGUUAGUGAAGGCAAACCAGGCAAAAAAAGGAAGACAUUAACAGUACAAGAAAAGGCAAUGAACAAAAAGUCUUUGGAUAAACAAAGAAAUAAAACGCGAGUUAAUAUCGGCGCGGCUUUCCAGCGAUGGCGAGAACUGAGGGAACUCAAGGGUCUGAAAAGUGACUCCUUGAUGGCUUUAUUUCUGCUGGACAGUUAUGAGAAAGACAUAUCAACGUCCACACCAUCGAAAAGUGGAUUUACAAUGCCACCACCACCUGUAUCCACUAUUGUCUCGGAGUCGCUUUCUGACCGAGAUGAUGACUUCUCAGUCCCUGGAGUUGAAGAGUUGGCUAGUAGCAGCGUACAGGAUAAAAACAUUCAGGAAUUAGAUGCAAGUAUGUCAUCACUGGAUCUGGAUGUCAUCAGUGAAGAUGAAUUUAACAACAUUAAAAACUCAAUUAUCGAGUGGGAAGAUGACACCUGGUGUCCUGAUAUGGAGACAAAGUCUGUGUCAUCAUUUGAAGAAGACGAAACAAAGGAAAUAGAUACAGACUAUGAUGACAGUGAUGAUGAUGACUAUAUGCCACAUAUUUGUGUGCGGACUGGUGGUGCUCUGAAGACACCGAUUUGUCUGGAUUCCCUUCAAACAAUUAGUAUGGAGGACACUGUGCACGAUGCUGAAGACAACUCCCAAGACCCUACUAUUGCAGACAUACAUCCAAUCCCAGAGACUGCUAAAAUCAUGGUUGAGGAUGACAUAAUUGGCCAGCCAGCAUCUAUAACAUACCACAGUUGUCUGAAGCUGCUUGCCGAAUAUCUUGUUCUACCUGUGAACAUGUGUACUGCUAAGGACACAAACAAAAAUGCAGAGUGUGGGGCACAUAAACCAUUUGAGGUCAACAUCCAUUCCAGGCGUACAGCUGCAAUUGUGGAAUGGGUGAGUCUGAACUUUGUGUGA